AUGUCAAAACCUCGAUGUGGGGUACCAGACUUACCCAAUAAAGUACAGUAUCGUAAUAAAAGACAGUUAUCGCCCUUGCCUUUUACUCAUCUUGGCACCAAAUGGAACAGUAAUCGGGUUACGUGGAAAAUCAACAGUUUUACCAGACAGUUGAGUGAACAGGAACAAAGGUCGGCGUUUUACAGAGCGUUUAAACUGUGGUCAGAUGUGACUCCAUUGACUAUACAACAAGUUAGUGGUGGUAAGGCAGAUAUGGAGAUAUCAUUUGAAAGAUACGAUCAUGGUGACAAUAGCCCGUUUGAUGGAAAAGCCACUGGUAACACAUUGGCCCACGCCUUUCAGCCAGGAACUUCUGAUAUUUCUGGAGAUACCCAUUUUGAUGAUGAUGAAGUAUGGACGGUCAACAGUGACCAAGGAACAGAUCUGUAUUAUGCCGCAGCUCACGAAUUUGGGCAUGCUCUAGGGUUAGGACAUUCCAACAGAGAAGAGUCUUUAAUGUACCCUCUGUAUCGAGAUGCUUCCAAUCUAAAAUUAUCUAUGGAUGAUAUUAGUGGCAUACAACAACUUUAUGGUAAGUUACCUACAUCAACAUUUCAAGAACAUCAUGAAAAUGAUUGA